AUGUUCAUGUCUAACAAUGCCUGCUUGGUACCUACUUCCUUUUGGCUCACUGGCAUCCCAGGGCUGGAGUCCCUGCACAUCUGGCUCUCCAUCCCCUUCGGCUCUAUGUAUCUGGUGGCUGUAGUGGGGAAUGUCACCAUUUUGGCUGUGGUGAAGGUGGAGCGCAGCCUACACCAGCCUAUGUACUUCUUCCUAUGCAUGUUGGCUAUCAUUGACUUGGUUCUGUCAACCUCUACCAUGCCCAAAUUGUUAUCUAUCUUCUGGUUUGGUGCCCACAAUAUCGACCCAGAUGCCUGCUUAACCCAGAUGUUCUUUGUUCACUGUUUUGCCACCGUUGAGUCAGGCAUCUUUCUUGCCAUGGCAUAUGAUCGCUAUGUGGCCAUCUGUGAUCCACUUCGCCAUACCACAGUGCUCACCAAUGCCGUAGUGAGUCAUUUGGGCCUGGCUGCCCUCCUUCGAGGAGUACUCUACAUCGGACCCCUACCCCUAAUGAUUCGCCUGAGGUUGCCUCUUUACCGAACCCAAAUCAUUGCCCACUCUUACUGCGAGCACAUGGCUGUGGUCACCUUGGCAUGUGGUAACACAAGAGUCAACAACUUGUAUGGAAUGGGAAUUGGUUUCUUGGUAUUGAUUGUGGAUUCAUUAGCCAUUGCUGCCUCCUACGUGAUGAUUUUCAGGGCUGUAAUGGGAUUGGCUACCCCUGAAGCCAGGCUUAAGACCCUAGGGACAUGUGGUUCUCACAUUUGUGCUAUUCUUGUUUUCUAUAUCCCCAUUGCUGUUUCAUCUCUCACUCACCGCUUUGGUCAUAAUGUGCCUCCCCAUAUCCAUAUCCUUUUAGCUAACUUUUACCUCCUCAUCCCACCAAUCCUCAAUCCAGUAGUCUAUGCUGUCCGCACCAAACAGAUUAGAGAGCGACUUCUCCACAUUCUUAAGUUAGGGAGUCAUCCAAAAUAA